AUGUCGGACGUCGAAAGCGAAAGUUUUUCUUCGUCGCUGCUGGAUGAAUUCAGUGAGGACAGCUCGGACGACGUGGUGUCAGACGAUGAUCCGUAUUCAACGGACCCACUUCCGCUUCAUCCUCCGAUCAACAGGGAUGCAGUUGUUCGCGAAGUCGCGCAAAACGAUGACUUUCGGUGUCUGUGCGGCGUCUGCAGUCCGGAGCAACCAGACGAAUACUUGUGCUGCACCUCAGUGAGCCAGGUUGCAGCUCUGUGUGACAGUGCUGGCGUGCGGUGCAUCACCGAGCACCGUCUGUUCCACGACUUCUGUCUGCGGAGAGAAAUGCUGGCGGUGAAUGCACGCCAGUACUGCCGCUACGACUAUCGGCUGCGGCUGUUGGAUCCGACAGCCAACAGGUGUCUGAGGUUCACAGCCUACUCUAUAUUUGCCAGUUGGGUCUGGGGCUACCUCGGACCUAGAAAUAGGCGAGAAAUUCCAGGCUGCGCUGUGCGAGCGAUUCGAAGAGAGCACCCGUCGCCUUCAUACCAAGGGUUUCUUUCUUAA